AUGAAAGCCUGGAUCCUGGGGGUCCUGGUUGUUCUGAUGCCCCUAUGGAUAUCCGCCGACGACAUCAAGGAGGUCUCUUAUGAAUUCGACGCAAACACGAACAUCACCCUCCGCAUCGACAUCGCCCAAAUAGUGAUCAGUGGUAAGACUUACUCUUGAGCCCGUUGCCAAAAAUUCUCAAUUUAUUCUAGCGAUGAAGCAGAACUGUGGCAUCAAGAUGCAAAUUAAAACCAAAGAUCCUGUCGACUACAAAAUAAUCAAAAACGGAGGCGCCAUCUUGGGGAGCAUGCAGCCAAUUACCGAAGAGGUUUUGCUGUUCCAAGACGCAUGGCACGCUUUCUUGCUGAAUUUCCAGCCUGGACGUGCUAGACGUUUCCAAGAGACUAUGUGAGUCAUCUUUUAUUAUUGAUUGGUAGCGGUCUCAGAAAUGAUUCACUCGGCCGUGUUUCGUUUCAAAACAAAACAAAAUUACAGUUUUGAAAUCGCCUUUGCGGCCUCCGUGAACACGACGGGGAAUAUCACAUUCUCAUUGGGAUCUAGAGUGGCGUUCAAGAAGCUUCCUGUCCAGAGAUCGAACAACAAGACUCUGGUUGUCAUCCACCAUAUUCCGGAGAAAUGGAAGGAAACAAUCUACAGCUACCCGGUUUCGCUGACCAACGAACUGGAAAUGGGUGAGUACUAGCUAGCUGAGCAACUUCUGAACCAGACUUAACUUAUCGACGAGCAAUUAUUUUCAGGGCUGUUGGAGGGAAGAAUCCGACUGGAAACGAACAGUUCCGGUAGAGUUGAGAUAGCCUUCGCCAAGUGCAACCUGCAGACAGCCAACGUCAUGACUCCUUCCUUCGGCCCGAAUCUUAACAUGGAGAUGAGUCUGUACAUUCGUCUUCUCGGACACCUCACCUGCCCCAUUGACAGGAGCAAAUCGUGAGUCUUUAUUCAUAUACAUACGGAAUAGAAAACACAUCUGUUGGCGAUUUAUUCAAAAAAAGUUGAUAGAAUCCAAUAAAGAAGUGCAACCAAUUGUAAAGUUGAGUUUUUCAGUUUCCACCUCGUGAUUGUGAGCAGCAGCAAACACCCAACCCCGUCCUUCGACAUACAUCACCCCGUGCACAAUUCGGAAUUCGUUCUAGUUCUCGUAGUCGGUUGUGCGUCUCUUUUUUUCCUGAUCCUUUUGCUUAUUCACAUCUACCAUUACUAUUUCUAG